AUGGCUGCUGUGCCGUCCAAUCUGCGAAGUUGGCAGAAUCGACCAGGAACCCCUUUGGUGGAUUCUGCAUCUUCGAAUGCUCCCAUCACACCCACUCACAAGGUCGAAUGGGAAUCUUUCCUGCACGACGCGAGUUCACCGCAGCCUAAUACAGUCGAGCAUCCGCAGGAUGCGCCCACUGCCAAUGGGGACAACUUUCUGACCCUACCUGUGAUGCGAUAUUCUUCGGAAACGAGCGCCACCCGAUCAACCUCCGACCGGAAAGCGAACAACACUCCGGGCCUCACUUUGAACCUAUCAGCGAACAACGAAUCGCUCUCACCAUCACAUACCCGAGACGAUCGCUGGAGUUGGACCAACUCUCAAGCGCCCAGUACUCCGCGCAUCGCAGCACCAAACCGGAGAUCUUCCCUCGCCAGCACGCGCAUCCGCAAUGUGGCCAGCUGGGUUCGAAACCAAGGUCGUCCGUCAGAUGAAGCGAAGAUCGUCAAGGGGAAGAAAUCCAAACCUCUGCUCAAAAACCAGGCCGUGAAGCCGGUCUUGGCACCGCAGGCGGAGAGCCAUGUAAAGCGUUCCAAAUCGAGCGGCAAACAUCGACGUGUGGGGAGUCUGUCCAUGAUUUUCAAGCCGAAUUCGCCCCUGGGUGCACCCGGACCGCUUUCGCCUCGACUGGAAGAGCAGAGGAAUCUGAAGGGAGAGGCGGAGCUCUGA